GCCGAGCAGCGAGCAAGAUGCAAGAAAACAAGGAGAACGUGACGACGAACAGCCAGCUGGGCGACGCCAUGGGCGCGACGCAACCGGCGGGAGCCCCCGCGGCCGCACCAGCGUUUGGGUACAUCUUCCCGGGUUGCACCAAGCCCCUCGACGAGAUGACCCAGGACGAGAUCGAAGCCGGCGUGCGCGCGGGCAUCCUACCACCCAAGGCCUUGUACCCGACCGCGGUCAAGAUCAUAAAGGCGCCGUUGCCGGGCACGACCAAGCCGAUUGCACCGACACCGCCGGGCGUCUUCAAGGUGUUUUUGUACCUCAUUGACGAGCUCGCCAACGAGGCCAUCGUCGCGGACCCGCAUGGCAUCUACCCGCUUGAGUUUGAAGGCAUCGACAAGAUCGUACAGCUUCACUCGGCGUUUCCGGAGGCGAUCUGGGAGUUGUAG